AUGGCCUCAGGGAUGGGCAUCGGGACUGGCAGGGGGUCCCGGGUGGUGUUCCAGACGCCGGGUAAGGAGGAGGGGGGCGAGGAGGGAGGAGGAGGAGGAGAGCAGCCUCCAGGGAGACGACUCGGCAAACUGACCGUCAAGUACGACCGCAAGGACCUGCAGCGAAGACUGGACAUCGAGGAGUGGAUAGAAGGACAGCUACACACACUCUUCGACUGUCAGGAGGACGAUAUCCCUGAACUGGAAAUCGACAUCGACGGGCUGUUGGACCUGACAGAUGAAGAGCAAAGAUCAAAACUGCGGGCGCUCCUUCACGAGUGUGGAAAGCCAAAAGAGGACUUCAUCAAUGGCUUAUUGUAUCGCAUCAAAGGACUUCGCAAGAUGUCUGGCUGCCUGAAGAAGUGAAGAGAGAGGAGGAG